AUGCCCGUGCAUAUCUAUGGCAUCCAUCCGCUUAUCGUGUUCCUACUCGCGUUGGUUGGUGGCUAUGCUUUUUUCGUCUCUAUUUUUACACUGGCCCCUUUUAACGCCGGUGCGCCUAUUUUCCAACUUGCCAAAUCGCAGGCUUUUGCAGCGAUCGUUGAAUGCACAGACACCGCAAAUGGCGUAGGAUGUUUCUCCAAGCAUCGCGGUGCUUUGAAGAAGGAGGCUAGAGGAAAACUAUCGGUUAUUUCCCAGGCCCAGAUCGAAGAUUGCCUCGAUCUCGCAUCAAAAAACGCAAACGAUUUGGCCCUCAUCUUAAACAUUCAGACAUGUUUUCACCAGGCAGAUAUUCUUGAACGUGCGACUCAGUUUAACCGUACCAGUAAUACACACAGUUGGUGGUCCAUAAUCGGGGUUUCCAUCAGUCUCUUUAUUCAGGUUUUCAUAGCCCUUCAUGGAUUCAUCACCUUUGUACUACGUAGCAAGGAAACAGAGAAGCAAAACACCACCAUCCGCAACUUGGCGGAAAACGCAGAACAUAUGAACGAAAAACAGAUCUCCAUAUAUAAAUCAGUUUCGAGUUUGACAUCGAGCGUGAAUUCGGAAACGAAAAACCUUCAGGGUCGGCUUAACAAGGGUGGUGAUGUUCGGAGAGAAUUGGAGCGAGUCAGUUUGGGGGUGGCGGAAAACUUUGAAGAUAUCCAGAAGCUAAAGUCAUUGGUUGCGGUAGUAGAAGAGGAAGAUGAAAACUCCAGAAUAGCGAAGAAAUGGGUAUCGAGUGGUAACAGGUGGUCAUACCCGGCGUCGUCACUAUCACCGGCUAUCCCCAAGAAUUUCGGAGGGCUAAGUGAGCGACUGGAAAAUAUCCCGCAAUUAAUCCAAAACAGCCAAGAUCGUAACGGAUGUGAGGUUAAUAAUGGUACAAGUAGCCACCCACUCCUGGCAAAGCUUGGUGACCGGGUUUUUGAUCUAGCCUCACCAAAAGGAAUAGAGGAGUGGCGGAAUUAUGUUCGGAACAUGCCAAAGAGUAAGUCUCCGAGGAGUGUCCCUAAAACUUCCAACCCUCCGAGAGUUCCCUUUGCAAUCGGAGAAUUUACAAGUGCUCUCAGCCGGGGGGAAAUUCACAUUAAAAAGUACAAUAAGGCCGGUCAGCCACAUCGCCGACUCUUUCUUCCAGGUAGGGGGUGGAUAACCGCUAAAAGGUUAGAGGAAGAGGGAAUUCGGGUACAUCUGGGUACCCCACUUGAAGAGCCUCCCGAAAACAAUAGGCAAGGUUGAAGCUAACGGCAGCCGGCGGUACCUUCCGGUGUCCAGAUAACAGCGGUGUUUAUUCGAUUUAGAACUUCGAUAGAUGGAGCAAUAAUGGUUGUGAAAAUACAUGCUGAU